AUGGGCAAUACGUCUUUGCAACCACCUCCACAGUAUCAGACACCUACUCAGUUUCCCCUACGAAACCAUGUUAAUGAAGAAUGUACACCUGAAAUUGAACAUGAUAGCAACACACAAUUCGAUGACAGCGAAGAAGACAGCGUACCAGAGACGCCGCAAUAUCCUCCACCAGUUCCGGAACUGAAAUCCAACCAGGUUGUUGCACGAGCGACUCGAAUUUGGUCAGUUGCGGAAGAUGAAACUCUGAUUGGGUUGUACUUGGAGAUCAGCGAGAAUGCUAUUAAAGGCACGAGCCAGAAAGCAACUUCCCUUUGGCGCGAUGUACACGCAGCAUAUCAACUUGCUCAUGCGGAGAAGCCGCAUUUACUUCCACCAAGACCUAUGAAGAGUCUGACGUCGCACUGGAGAAGGUUGGCAGCAGACACACUACAGUGGAUAUCUUGCUAUGAUGAAGCAGGUAGACUUCCGGAGGGAGGGAGUGGUUACAACGAAGCUGACCGUAUAAAAAGUGCGUCGAAGCUUUUCCAUCUCGCCCAAGGUCGUAAUUUCGCUUUUCCUCACGCUGUUGAAAUGCUUAAUAGAGAUCCAAAGUGGAGGCCAAAACUUUGUCAAUAUGCUUUAACUUUAGGUCAUUCAUACCGACAUGGUGUAGUCACUUUUGUUCUGAAUUCACUUUGUCAAGAUUUGUCAUUGUCAACUAGCAUAGUAUACCUAUUCCGUGGCUGA